AUGCGAUCGCUAGUUGUUACGCUGCUCACCUGUUGCACUGUGAUUCGUAUCACCGCCGCUACCGUAAAAUGCUACUGUACGGACGAUCAUUGCGUACCGUAUGGUGCAUGCGACGGAACCGUAUGCUUGGUCGGUAUAUUACGCGAAAACAAUCAGGUGAUACGCACCUGUGGAUCACGACCUCUAGGAUGUCACAGGUGA